CUUUUUUUUAAUUAGUUACUUUUGUUUUGUUUUGUUUUUAUUUUUAAAAAAGCUUCAUAAUAAUUAUUAGUGUUACUUGCACCGGUUAAUAUUAAGGAUAUUUGUAGCUAUGUUUUUAGUGUUGUUAUUCAUGUUCGUCGAUGUAAUCACAUGUUUUGAUUCAAGAAAUGUAGUGUUCACUAUCGUCAGUCAAUCGGAGCCCUACCACGCAAGUGUGGCCACUCGUCUCAAACAGGAUAUCGAACACCAAGUGUUCGAACUGGAGGGGCGGCGCCCAGUAGCUCACGUAACUCAUGAAGAUUUCCCGGUGGGGGGCGCGUGGACAAUCAUACCCCUGCUGCGGCCGCUAACAGAUAAGCACCGCGGCGGUGACGUGCGCUGGGUGGUCUUCCUGGAGCCACACACAGCUGUUAGAUGCGGAAAGCUGAUAGAAGCGCUUACGGCAGCUGAUGGGCAAAAGGACACGAUGUGGAUAGGUUACCCUUUGAGUGAUGAAGAGCCGACGAUCAUCCAUCACUUUACGUUCUACUGUGGCAGUGCCAUAGCUGAGGAGACCAUAUUGUUCGCGGUGAAGACCUGGAGCGGCUUCCACGCGACCAGGGUCAGCGUGGUCAAGAAGACCUGGGGGAAAUAUGUCACCAAUCUAUACUUCUUUAGUGAUAAAGCAGAUCCUUCCAUCCCGACCAUAGAUAUAGGCGUGCCCAACACCAAGACUGGACAUUGCGCGAAGACAAUGGCCAUAUUAAAUCGUGUUGUCGAAAUGAUCGAAGACAUGCCAAACAUUCAGUGGAUUUUCUUAGCAGAUGAUGAUACUAUUUUAGGCGUGCAGCGCGUGUGCGAGCUGCUGAGCUGCUACGGCGGCGCGGCGCGCACGCUGCUGGGCGAGCGCUACGGCUACGGCUACACCAACACGGGGAACGCCGCCAAAGGUUAUGAUUACAUAACUGGCGGGGGCGGCACGGUGCUGAGUGCGGGCGCGGCGCGCGCGCUGCGCUCCUGCGCCUGCGCCGCGCCCGCCGCGCCCGACGACAUGACGCUCGGCGCCUGCGCCAAGCGCCGGAACAUCACUCUCACGCACUCGCCGCUCUUCCAUCAGGUAUAUCACUACUUCCCUCCAUUUCAAUCGUUAAACCCCCAUAGAUAUUGUCAAGUUCAAACACUUAUUACUAAAAUACCUUUUUGUUUAUUUUCAUAUAUGAAAAGUCAACUAUGAUUCGUGAAAGUCUAU